AACAACAACAAAACAACAGCUAAACAAGCUCCUUUCCUACCCUUCCAUCCACCCACUCACACACCCAGACAGGCCCCCAAGCCCUGGACAGGCCGCCUCUGGUCCUUGCCCCUGGACUGCAGAUAACAAGCCUUCAACCUCCAGUCCCUGGCCCGGACUCACAGGCAUCAGGCUUGCUCCACACUCACUGGAGAGAAUCCUUCAAGAUCUGACUUGCCUCUCAGGGAUUACAUGAUGAUUUAGUAGAUGUGAUAGAGCUCCUGGUGUGAGUCCUACCUCACUCCAUGAGUCCGGAAGCUAAACACUAGAGUUAUACAUCCAACUUAAUAUUAUCUAUCUCCACAGAUUGUUCAGGAUCUCAAUGGAUGCUAACAGGUCAGACUUGGACACGAUCCACUUUCUGGGCUAACUGUUCAACAGAUCUCCAUGAAGUUCCUGAAAAGGAUAGGAAGUUAUAAGUAUCCUCGGUCCAAAGCACACCAUCAUCGUCAGUGUUUAUGGUGAUGCUAUGGCACCUCCAUGGCUACAGUGAUGACCUUGCAAGUCUAUGGCCAGCCACUUGCUGCUGGCUGAUAAUGUAUAGUGUUAUUGUGCUGUCUUUACGACAGUUAUUUAGUUUAUAAUAUUUUCGCUUAGUAAUUCAUUCAAUAGUAUUUUCUAGUUAGAAUUAGAAGUGUUUAAAGUGUAUUCAUUGCAUGUAAAAUAUAUCGGCAUGCGAUGACGUCACAUCCGGUUUCGCCGCGUCUUGUGGGAAAACACCGGUUUGAAAUUAGCGCGAGGGUGGGGGCUUUCCACGAGGCUCACCUGAGCACAAGCAGUUUUGCAGGCAUGAGAAAUCACAGUGAGAGCAACGCUUUUUCAUCAUAUGUUAAUGUGAAGAGUGAACAGUAAAUGGUUAAUCUUACUGCGAUCUGGUUCUUAUUAACUGUGGUUUAUCCGGACGUUAAAUUCGGCGUUUCGUUACACCCGAAGGAGAACGUGACAGUGAAAAAGCGGCAUUAUCAGGUGUUUCAAGUGCUGCAAUGUCAGCUCAAUCCAGCAUCAAGUCGACGCCGCCCAGCGACAAGGGCGGUAAACCGACAUCAAGUAAGCCCACCCAGGCGUUAUCAGGUGUUCCAAGUGCUGCAAUGUCAGCUCGAUCCGGGAUCAAGUCGAUGGCGCCCAGCGACAAGGGCAGUAGAACGACAUCAAGUAAGUCCACACAGGCAAGAGCCAAGGCAGAAGCCGCCAAGGUGCGACUGCAUUACGCCAAACAAGAGGCAGUUUUGAAAAUGAAACUGGCCACCAAAGAAGCCGAAAAGGCUGCCAGACAAAGAGAAGAGGCCGCCAGAGAAGCCGAAACCCAGUUGGAAAUGGCAAAAAUAUCGACAGAGUUGCAUGUGCUGCAGCUAGAAGGAGAAGGAGAAGCUGCCAGGGUGGAAGCAGAGUACAUAGAAGAAGCUGAAGGGUCGCGUGAUCUGACCGAAACAAGUUCUGCUUUGGAAAGGACCAGACUGGAACGCACGAGCGACUAUGUACAAUAUCAAGCAGACAGGCAGGCUCGUCUCCCCUCUCCAUACCUAUUCGAUAACUUCCCCAGCUACGAGGAAGAGAAUUUACCCUCGCGGCCCCGCGAUGAAGUCAAGAAUGAAAGAGCUGACAACCGAUAUACUUUGACACCAAAGUUACAAAGUUCGAUGCGAAGAGACGCGGAGGUUGGAUCCAGGAUGGCAAAUUCCAUGAGAAACGUGCGUUCUCAGUCAUAUGGGCGCCAACGUACUUCUCCAGCCCGCAUGCCGCUUGCAGCCGAUCCCACGCUGCAGUAUUUAGCACGACGGGAUCUCGUCACUUCGGGACUGUACCAGUUUGACGAUAAACCCGAAAAUUACCGUGCUUGGCUCUCCACAUUCACCAACGUGAUUGACGGGGUCCAGCUCAGUGCAACCCAAAGGUUGGACCUUAUGGCGAAAUGGCUGGGGAAAGAAUCACGCGACCAGGUGAGACGCAUGCGUUCAGUGUACAUCAACAAACCUGAGCUAGCCUUAAGCGAAGCGUGGGAGAGACUUUGGGAGAGAUAUGGGUCCCCCGACAUUAUUGAAGGGGCGCUAUAUCGACGUCUGGAAAACUUUCCUAAGGUGUCAGCCAAAGAUCACUUUAAGUUAAGAGAAUUCGGAGAUUUACUCAUGGAGAUCCAAGGCGCCAAAGAAGAUGGCUAUUCAGCUGGUCUAGUAUUCCUAGAUACUCCAUCCGGGAUUAGACCAAUUGUGGACAAACUUCCAUUUGGGCUGCAGGACAAGUGGCUGACUGUUGCCUCAGAGUACAAGGAAGACCACGAUGGUCGAUUUCCUCCCUUUGAGCUCCUCACUAGGUUUGUGUGCAAGGAGGCGAAGAGGCGAAACGACCCUAGCCUUGUAGGUCCAGGAAGCAGUUCGAUUUACACCAAGCCAGGCAGAUCCGUUUCGAAUGUUUUCAACAUUGAUAAACCCGUGUCAGUGCUCAAGACCGAAGCCCUUACGACUAACAACGACCCUGGCAAGUAUUGUCCAUUGCAUAACAAACCUCACCCCCUGAAAGCAUGCAGAAUGUUUAGGGAAAAACCCCUUGAAGAGAGGACGGCUCUUCUCAAGGAGAAAAGAAUAUGUUUUAGAUGCUGUUCCUCAACCUCUCACCUCGCCAGAGAGUGUACGAUCGCCGUGAAGUGUCCGGAAUGUGGCAGCCCAGAUCACGUCGAGGCCAUGCAUCCCGACCUGUCACCACAAACCGAGAGCGCUCCUUCACCCCCACAACAGGACGGCGGGGAGGGAGAGGCUCACUCUAGGUCAAUAGCUGUCAGCACGAACUGUACAGAAGUUUGCGGUCAAGCUCAGUCAAGUCGUUCUUGUUCCAAGAUCUGCCUCACUAAGGUGUACCCUAAAGGAGCCAAAGACAAGGCCAUCAAAGCCUAUGUGAUUCUGGACGAUCAGAGCAAUCGUUCACUAGUCAGUCCAGAGUUCUUUAAAUUGUUCAACAUUGAGAGUGAGCGGUUCCCAUACUACCUCAAAACUUGCUCAGGCAACAUGGAAACCCAAGGAAGGAAGGCAGAAGGCAUCCAGAUCGAGUCCCUGGAUGGCAAAGUCGUCAUCUGUCUCCCUCCGCUCUUAGAGUGCAAUGAAAUCAUGAAUAACCGCGCUGGGAUCCCGACACCAAGUGCGGUGCUACACCAGCCGCAUCUCCACCACAUCGCCAAACACAUCCCAGAACUGGAUCCGAAAGCGGAAAUACUCCUGCUAUUAGGAAGAGAUGUUAUCCAGGUACACAAGGUUAGGCAGCAGAUCAAUGGACCACUCAACGCCCCCUUCGCGCAACGUCUGGAUCUGGGCUGGGUGGUGAUAGGAGAGGUGUGUCUCGGUGACGUACACAAACCGAUGGUUAACACACUCAAGACCAAUGUGCUAGAGAGUGGCCGCCAUUCAAUCUUUCAACCCUGCCCGAGUGUCCCGUGCAUCAAGGAAGCACAACAAGGCGUUAACAAGCGCGAGGCAAGCGACGAGUCGCUGGGCCAGUCAGUCUUCGCUCUAACGAAGUAUGACAACAAACUUGCACAAUCAGCUCAAGAUACCAUUUCUUUAAAACCCAAAGACACUAAGGUCUUCAGAGAUGAAGCAAAUAAUGGGGUUGCCCCAUCGCCUUUCAGAGAACCACGCCAGCGCUCACCAGAUAACAAAGAGCAGGCAGUCAAACGGUUCACGUCCUUACGGAAAACCUGGAAAAGGAAAACUGAGAUACAGCAACGCACCCGAUUGGCCCACGAGGUACUGUGCACCCUAAUGGCACAGGUCACAGCCAUUAUAAAUGCACAAUCAUUCCUACCUGUGUCUUCUGACCCAGAAAACCCCUUUAUACUUUCGCCAUCAACGCUCCUUAUGCAGAAGGCAGGAGCACCUCCUCCACCAGGAGACUUCUCAGACAAGGAUUUGUACACAAAGCAAUGGAGACAAGUCCAGGCUCUGGCAAAUCAGUUCUGGUCCCGCUGGAGACAAAAAUAUCUACCUUUGUUGCAACAGAGACAAAAGUGGACAGAACCCCGAAGGAAUCUUCAAGUUGGAGACUUAGUCCUGCUCAGGGACAAGCAAGUCGCUCGCAACAGCUGGCCAACGGCCAGAAUCACUGUUACAUUCCCUAGCGGGGAUGGACAUGUCAGGAAGAUCGAAUUGAAGACUACCGACCAAGGCGAUGUGAAAAUUUACCAAGGGCCAGUUACAGAAGUUAUUCUACUUCUACCCAAUGACUGAUUAAGAGACUAAGUUUUGUACUCUGCUCAUUGUGACCUUACGAAGGUCAAGCGGGGAGUGUGCUGUCUUUACGACAGUUAUUUAGUUUAUAAUAUUUUCGCUUAGUAAUUCAUUCAAUAGUAUUUUCUAGUUAGAAUUAGAAGUGUUUAAAGUGUAUUCAUUGCAUGUAAAAUAUAUCGGCAUGCGAUGACGUCACAUCCGGUUUCGCCGCGUCUUGUGGGAAAACACCGGUUUGAAAUUAGCGCGAGGGUGGGGGCUUUCCACGAGGCUCACCUGAGCACAAGCAGUUUUGCAGGCAUGAGAAAUCACAGUGAGAGCAACGCUGUAAGUUAAU